AUGGCAUUUCUCAAGAAGAAAAUUGCUAACGCGAGUUAUUCUUCACACUCUAGGUCGGUUCCUGUGGCUUCUACGAAGGCGCCUGCUGCUUUCCCGGCGACUGUUAAAUCAAGUGGGAAAGCCCCAACGCUCCCUCCUAAGCUGCCUAUUAGCUCUAGUCCGGUAAUCCAAGGCGGAUCAGAUUCAAUACAGCAAAAUGAUAAUACGGCAGUAAGCCAGGAAGAUAUCAUUGUUGAUCAAAAUGAUAGCGGCUUUAGCUUCGAGGAAGGGGUAUCACUUCAAUAUGCCGGUAAUGGAGGUGAUUCGAGUGAAAAGAAUGACAGUCCCUCAACUUUACGAGCAUCAAAGAAAUCGUUAGUGUUAGAAGAUGAGCAAAUACCAGCAACUCUAAGCUCUCGCAAGUCGUCUGGUGGUAGUGUUGCUUCUUUAUCGAAAGAUAAGUUGAUAUAUUCCUGGGAUGUUACUGAUCCAGAAGAGUGGACAAUGAUACGUGUGAUAGCAUGGUUUCGGUUCAAUGAAUUCAGUGAUGCAUGGAUCAAUUAUUUCAAAAGGCAUCAGAUUUAUGGUGAUAAGUUUCUCAAAUUGAUGGCUCUCGAUAAUUUCGUCAAGUACCAAAAAUUCCUUCCCCAAACACACAACUCUUCAUAUAACAGAUUUCAAUACCUGUUGAAAAGGACUUUAGAGACUAAUGUUGGCAAUGGUCAUAUCAGAAAUAAGAGUGAUAAAUCGAGUGGUUCUCGAAGCUCAAGUGAUUCACUGAAAUUAAAGAAGAAAAGAUCACAGGACGGCGACCAUUCUAGAUCGACUUCGGAGUCAGUAUUGACUGAUAACAGGAAAAUUGGAUCUGAUAUACUCGAUGACAAGAGCGUUCCUCUAAGGUCGCAUCAAAAGGCGAACAGUGCGAGUUCGUUGUAUCGAAGAAGUUUUAUUUCCCUUCGGGGGUCAUCAGUCUCUAAUGCUUCAAAAAAUGAAAAGACUAAUAUAAACAUAAACAUACCACAACGGCCUUUAUCUACUAUUGAAAGUGCCACGCAAAUUUGCCCUACUAAUAGCAGAUCAUCGUCCUCGCCUCUUUCACCAAACUAUGCCGGAAUUUUUAGAAGACAGCACAAGAGCAGCUCAUCCGAAUCCUCGAUAUUCAAUACACUUUUUGGUUCUGGGAAUAGUAGCAAUCAAAACAAUGGCUUGACGGAUGCUAAUCCUGCUAGUGGUUCAUAUCGAAGCGCAUCACUUGAAAGUUUACCUAAAACCAAGCGAGAAGGCUCGUCAUCAUCUCCAUUGAAGCAAUCUCCGGUUGGCGCAGAAGAGAAACCCAAGAUUUGGGAAAAGUUAAAGAAAAAAGAAGCUGUUUUGGACAGCGUUAGUUCACUCCCGAGCAGAAGUACGACAGAAACUGAAGUUAAAGCUGAAGCGAGCCCCAUACCCAACGUCGAAGGCAACGCCCAAGAAGAAAAGCCAUCUGCGUUUAGUUGGAAAGAAUUUGUUCUCGAGAAGAAAUUCUAUCCUCUCAAAACAUCUGGUGCCGAUGAUAGAUUCAUUUUGAUAACCAAGGACAAUAGGUCUUUUAUUCCACUGAACAUUAAUAUGAUCAAUGGUAUUGAAGAGCUGAAAGAUUCGAUGGCAUUAACCUUAGGCAUAACUCAUAAGAAUUUUACUAUACACUUGACUGAUUUUGGCUGCGAUAUUGGUUGUGUGAUCCCUGACGAUCUUUUAGAAACGAUGCGAGAGAAUAUGUUCUAUAAUCUUCCAGGGAAAUUCUAUGUUAAAGACCAAAUGAAGAUUCAAUUAAGACCUAGAACAGGCACCAUCAGCAACGAUGUGUCGAACUCACUGCGUUCAGUUAAAAGCAAAGGGUCGGUUAAAUCAGCGGCAAGUAGCGUUAUUAAUUCAAACGACGAUACAUCAGUUGUGACUUCGUGCUCUGACGCAAACUCCUUUGAUGAUACUGCAAAUUUGGCAGGAAGGCUGGUUUAUCCUCAGACACCUAGUUACUACUAUGAUACGGAAAACACUAGCACAAACACAGACGUCGACUAUUGGAACUUCAAGGACACUCCUCUGGAAGAAUCGCAGCCCUUAAAGCUUCCGAAAAUUAGAUCAAGAUCUAAUUCGAAGUUGAAGCGUGUACCGGAAAGUACACCAUAUCCAAAUUCCGUAUCUACUAGCGGAAGCACAUUCAAAGUCAUCAGAAAGGGAAGUGAGAACGAAAUUGAUUUUGAUAAAAGGCGUGAGUCUCCUUAUGUUUCUUCUGAUUUUGCUCCACGAAGAGAAGCUCCGAAACCACCCACUGGCUCUCAAAUUUCACUAGAAAAUACGCCCUCUUUGCAAAAUCUCCCACAUACUAAUUCUCCACCUAAAUUACAAAGAAGGAGAACAGGAACUUUCUCUAAAAGAAAAGCAAGGCCCCCUCCUCCAGUUAGCAUCAUUCCCAAAGGCACGAGUCGAUCUUCGUCUUUCGGUUCCGGCAAGCAAGUCAAACACUCCUCUGCUAGUCCCGUUGAAUCUAUCGUUAAUUCUUACACGCCUGGAUCGACUCAGGUUUUAGUUCCUCAACCAUAUAAGGGAGCUACAGACCCGGGAAAAAUUUCCAAAACUGAUGACGGGAUUGGCAAUCCAAUAUCGGUCUAUAUACAAAAUCAACGAGCGAAUCGGUCUAAUUCAGUCCAUUCUGUUGCGCAAGGAAUACAUCCUUCUCCUCCAAGACUUUUGAAAAGAGCCAGCUCCAAAAGAGUCUUUUCAUCGGCUUCGGCGGCUGAUAUUUUUGACGAAAACGAUAUAUCAUUCGCCGAUGCACCUGCGCUCUCUGAUUCAGAUAAUGAUGACGUUAAUUCCAGCUCUUCCAGUGAGAUCGUGUGGUCCAAGAAAACUCAAAAAGAUGAUGAAUCAGAUUCUUCGGACGACAUCAUAUGGACACCUGAAGCUCGAAAAACCCAUGAAAAACCAUUAGAAAUUCCUUCUAUCGAACUCCAAGAUGAGAGUUCCGCACAAGAGAGCGGUAAAGAAACCUAUCAUGAUGUAAUGGAAGAUAGUACCGAUUUUGAUACAAUUUCUGCAACAUCUAGUCAAAACAAGCUAGGAAGGAAAAUGACUCUCAGACCCUCUCCUGAGGUAGUAUUUCAAAAUUUGGAAAAGUUUUUCCCUGGAACGGACUUGGAUAAACCUAUAGUUGAAGGCGUUACGCCGCCAUCUUCUCCAAAAUGUGCCGAGCGUGAUUCCCCUGAUGUUCGCUCCUCUGUUAAGGAUAGAAAUGAUUCAGAAGUAGUUUCACCUAUUACUUCUAGAACAGGUACCCCUCAGACGAUGAUCUCUAAGCCGUCAAAUAACUCUCAAGAAGUUUUGACGCCUGUUUCAAGGACCUUGAAGCCUCCCAAGAGAACUAAGACAAUUAGGAUUAUUGCAAGGGAAGCAAGUGAGGCAAGAAGAGAUUCUCAAAGUAGACGGCUCAAGCGUAAAAAUACUAAGAUGUGGGGAACUAGAGUAGUGGAAGUUACUGAUAAAAGAAUGGUUGCAAUAAAUAAGGCCAAGAAUUCGAACGGUGAAUAUAAGGAGUUUGCUUGGAUCAAGGGUGAUAUGAUCGGGAAGGGUUCUUUUGGAUCUGUGUUCUUGGGUCUUAAUGUUACAACGGGAGAAAUGAUGGCAGUUAAACAAGUCGAAGUCCCCAAAUACGGAUCACAGGAUGAGACGACUUUAAGUGUUUUGGAGGCCCUUAGAUCGGAAGUAUCAACUCUAAAGGAUUUAGACCAUCUCAAUAUCGUCCAAUAUUUGGGUUUUGAAAACAAAAAUAGCAUAUACAGCUUGUUCCUAGAAUACGUGGCUGGCGGUUCUGUUGGUUCUUUGAUUCGUUUGUAUGGCAGAUUUGAUGAAAACCUGAUUAGAUUUCUCACUGUCCAAGUUUUGCAAGGGUUAUCUUACCUUCAUUCAAGGGGAAUUCUUCAUCGUGACAUGAAAGCUGACAACCUUUUGUUAGAUCUUGAUGGCGUUUGUAAGAUAAGUGAUUUUGGCAUUUCGAAGAAAUCAAACAAUAUCUACUCUAAUUCUGACAUGACUAUGCGGGGAACGGUAUUUUGGAUGGCGCCUGAAAUGGUCGAUACGAAACAAGGGUAUAGCGCAAAAGUUGAUAUAUGGUCUCUUGGUUGUGUUGUUCUUGAAAUGUUUGCAGGAAAGCGGCCAUGGUCAAAUUUUGAAGUAGUUGCAGCAAUGUUCAAAAUUGGCAAAUCAAAGUCAGCCCCACCAAUUCCAGAAGAUACUUUACCGUUAAUAUCUCAGCAUGGUAGGGAGUUUUUGGAUGCAUGCUUUGAGAUAGAUCCUGAGAAACGGCCGACAGCAGAUACGCUUUUAUCACAUCCUUUUUGUGAGGUUGACGGUAUCUUUGAUUUCAGCAAAACAAAGCUGGCCAAAUUCAUUAAAUCGAAUGACAAGAUAAACUCGAGUAAGCUCAGAGUAAGUUCGCAAGAUUCUUCUAAUUGA